AUGAUCGAACUGAUUGACGUGCCAGAUGCCAGCGCAUCCAACACCGGGCAGCGCCCGCCGGGCUGGAGCACGUCCCGGCCGCCCGAGCGACCAGGAACGCGGCCGGGACCCGUGCAGAACGGACCCACCCGCGCCCAGCCCCGGCAGGGCCGGGCAAGGAGCCCGCGGGAGCCGCUGCCACAGGGAACAGCGCGGCCGGAGGCGGCGGCACAAAAUGGCUCCUCCCGGCCCGCCCUCCAGCUCACCUUCACCCCGGACCGCCGCCGCGGCCCCCCCGCGCCCCGGCCAAUCCGCGCCCAAGCCCCGCCCCCGCCCACCCGCGCGGCCAAUCCGCGCCCGCGGGGGGCUCGCGCAGAGCCGCGGGACGGAGCGGCCGCGGGGGCUCCGCGCGCCCCGCCCGCCGGGCCCGGAGCGCAGCGCCCGCCGGCACCGCCGGCCGUGGGCAGGGGAACAACAACAACAACAGCAGUAGCAGCGGCGCACACCGCAGGACACGCACCGCCGCGGGCCCCGGGGCUCCAACGCUGCCCACAUCUCUUCCCCAACGUGGCACCGCCGCCGCGCGCCGCCAGCAGAGCCCCGGACGCGCUGUCCCCUCCGCGGCGACUAACGGUGCCGGCCUACCCCGCGUCUCAGCCCCGCGCCUCGGCUGUCCCGCACCGGGAGCGCGCCCCGCCGCCCCGCACUCACAGCCGGAAGAGGGCCCCGCCGCCCCGCACUCCCAGCCGGGAGAGCGCCCCGCCGCCCCGCACUCACAGCCGGGAGCGCGCCCUGCCGCCCCGCACUCACAGCCGGGAGCGCGCCCUGCCGCGCUGCGCCCCGCGGGAGCCGCCGCCGCCGGGACCGGAGUCGGUCGGUCGGGCUAGGUGUGUGGGCGCGGAGCGGAGCGGUGCGAGCCGGAGCGGUGCAGCGCGCUCGGGCCUCUCCGCCGCCGGUCGCGCUGCCAGCGCCGCUCAAAACAAAGGGGCUGGCGGGGCAUGUGACCUCCGAGCCACUGCACAUGAUGUCACCGGCUCCGCGCGGCCCUGGGAGCUGUAG